UCGUGUACGCGGCAGCAUCUUUUUGACCUGCUUAAUAUCGAACCUAUUUAAACUCACCAAAAUAAUUUGUGCAGCUGCCUCCAAUUCUACAAGCACUUGAUCAGCCAUUUUAGUAAAUAAAAUGUUUACCCACACGAUCCCUAUCGAGCUUCAAAUCGCUAGAGAGAUCGAGCUAAUUUACGAUUAAUUUUAGUAGACCAAAACUAAAAAUAUGGCGUGUGUCGGCAGAGCCAUUCUGUCUCUUGAAAUAAGGCAGAAUUUUAAGAAUUUUAAGCCUCCACCAGGAAGAAAUUCUCUCCAGUUUUCCUCGGUUCCCGUGGAGGAUCAAAAGCAGAACAACAAUGAGAUCCUCAAAGAGAGGAAGGACAUCGCUCCACCAGAAUUUCGAUUUUUGUUCCCUGAGUUUCUGCCAGACCCCAACCCAUUAAUGCGUAAUUCAUUAAGAGAGAGACUGGAAAGGAUGGAUAUGAUGGCACGGAGAGCUCAGAUAGACAUUCCACCCUUCUAUGUCGGUUCUAUUGUUGGAGUUACGCAUUCCGAUCCUAGCUCGCCGGGAAAGCCCAUCAGAUUUGUUGGGAUUUGUAUUCAAAAAUCUGGCUGUGGGCUCAGGGCUAAUUUUAUCCUCAGAAAUGUAGUGGAUCAUCAAGGUGUCGAAGUUAACUACAACAUAUAUGACCCGACAAUUCAGAAAAUCGAUUGCCUCAGGCUUGAAAAGAGGCUGGACGAUGAGUUACUCUAUCUUCGAGAUGCCCCGCUUGAGUACAGCACUUUCUCAUUUGAUAUGGAACCCGAAAUCCUUCCAGAAGGAACCCCGGUGCAUAUCAAUGAUAUAAAAGUGCCCUUAAAACCUCGGCCUUGGCUUGAACGGUGGGAAAGGAAGAAUUUGAAAGGAAUUCAAGACCUGGUGGUGACCGAGAAGCAGUUGAAAAAGGCGGCAGCUGUAGCAACACCUUGGGAGAAGUAUGACCUCAUGAAAACUUACAGGAACACUAUUCCAGCAGAAGAUCAAACGGACAUAUUUGCAGAGGUUUAUUCUGACUUGCAUCAGCUCCAGAUAACAAGACGCAAAUCCUUGCGUAAGACAGCUUUCUCUCGACCAGUUAAAAAAAAUUAGGAGACAUUUUUUUAAAUAUAGGAUAUGUAGAUAAGGUAUUUAGUCCAUCAGAUAUAUUAUCGGUGAUAGCCUUAACACCUGAUCCUCGUCAAAUUGAUGAAUAAACAUUGUACAAAUUCAGA